UCUAUAGUAUAAAUAAAUAUAUCAAAGUUUCUUGCGAAAAUACAAGAAUGGAAGAUACAAAUCUGAAUGAAGUGCUUACUAUAAAAAAUUCGAUAAAAAUUGCGAAACUAAGCGAGCCAUCCAAUGUCGAACCAUUAAAAUUGAAAAGGUAUAAGAAAAGAUGGAUAAUACUGAUCAUCUAUAUGAUUUAUAAUGGGGCAGGUGCUUAUCAAUGGAUAGAAUAUUCGAUUAUAACUAACGUAGUCACCAGAUACUAUGGAGUAUCUUCGUUAAUGGUCGACUGGACAUCGAUGAUAUUCAUGCUGCUUUAUGUCAUAUUUGUAAUACCAGUGCAAUAUAUAUCAGACAAGUGCGGUCUGCGAUGGACCGCCAUUUUAGGCAGCGGUUUGAUUUGCCUGGGCUCAUGGAUAAAAAUCUUUUCUAUUCAUACCGACAACUUCUACAUCGUUUUCAUCGGUCAGUCUAUAGUCGGAUUUAGCCAGACUCUGGUCCUACCAAUACCAGGGCGCUUGGCCGCGCAAUGGUUUCCUUCUAAUGAACUCUCGACCGCUACGUGUUUGGGUAUUUUUGGUAACCAAAUGGGAGUUGCUUUGGGUUUUCUCUUGCCGCCCAUAAUAGUGAAGAAUCACGAAAAUCUAGAUGAUACUGGCAACGAUCUAUCACGUUUAUGCUGGACCCUUGUAAUCAUUACCACGACUGUAUUCCUUCUAGUGCUCAUACUAUUUCAGGAAGAGCCGAAAUUGCCGCCGAGCGAAUCGCGGGCGCUGCAAAAAUUGAAUCGAUCGAAGAGAAAGGGGGAAUUGAUUGGACCGAUUAAAAGACUUUACAAAAAUAAAAACUUCAAUAUGCUUUGUAAUUCUCACGGCUUGAGUAUCGGCGUACUGAAUGCUGUGUCUACGUUACUUAAUCAAAUAUUCCUUGUGCACUUUGAGAAUGGAGAAGAAGAUGCGGGUAGAAUUGGAUUAUGUAUGGUUAUCAGUGGUACGAUUGGUGCUGUUGUUUUGGGUAUCAUCCUUGACAAAACACAUAAAUUCAAAGAGACUGCCGUAACUGUUUACUUUCUCUCAUUGUGCGGUCUAGUACUAUUUUCGGUAUUUAUUUAUUGCGGUAUAAAAUGGAUGGUAUACGUGUCGUCGAUUCUUCUAGGAUUUUUCAUGUCGGGAUACUUUGCAUUGGGAUAUGAGUUGUGCACCGAAUAUACAUAUCCGGAGUCGGAGAAUUUAACCGCGGGAAUCUUAAAUAUAGCAAAUAAUCUUUAUGGAAUGAUACUUGUUAUAAUAUUGGGAAUAUUAUUAAAAGAGUACGGCGAUAUUCCAGUACACAUUGUCUCAAGCUCGAUUCUGUUGUUCGGUUUCAUCUUAACUAUUUUAACGAAAGAUGAGCAAAGACGUCAGGAUGCAAAGAAGAAAGCUCAGAUCGAAGGAACUGUGAGGCUAGAGAACGACAACAUUGAUAAUGUUCCAGAAACCGACCAACUAACUUAUAAUACCAAUUAAUUCGAUGUGAAUAUUGAAAAAAAAUUGUUCAUCUUAUAUUUAUAUAUACGUAUUUUUUUUAGAUAAUCCUGAUUUUAUGCUGGUUUUUUAUGUAUACUUUAACAUCUUUAAACAAUGUACAAUUGUAAUAAUAAAUUUUAAUGGAUAAA